AUGAGUACAACAACAUCCCCUACACGACGCGUGCUAGGGGAAAAGGACCCCAACGCGAAUCUGCAAACACACACGCUUCCCCCCCGAAAAGCCCAUGUCCACACUGGCUUGGAGAAUGCCAGUCCCAUUGCCCAGCGGCCGACGACCUUGAAACGUGCGCUUUCGCCCAGCAGCCCGCGUCCACGCGCUGGACAGAAGAGAAAGAUUGAAGAUGCCAACGACGAGGAAUUCAUAAUACCAGAUUCGCAGGACGGCAAUGCUAGGACUGUAUAUCCGCAUACACACCCUCUGUCCCAAAUGACGGACAUCUUGAGUGAUAGCCCCACAGAGGUUGAGGGCGCAGGUCUAUACAAAUCCACUCCCAACACGGUGUUCUCGUCGUUCCGUCCGUCGCAAGACGAUCCGUCUCAUGUUCAAGUCGAGGCUCAAUUCGAGAUUCACGAAGAACCGAGCCAGCAGACAUUGGACAAGAUGCAUGCCGUUACACUUCCACAAAACACGUCGCAGAUUGUCCCACCCCUCCGGCCCAACCUCAACAAGGAAUGCUCGCAGAUCAGUCUAAGCAUGUCCAGUCUAAUCGACUUUGGAAACAACCGCUCAUCCCAGGUCGACGAGACCGAAGACCAAGAUCAAGGCCAGGACGACAUGCAAAUGAUGGAAGAGGAUCAAGCGACAGAGGUUCCCAAGGAGCAAACUUCAAAGACACAGGAGGAGGCUAGAAAAGAAAUGCUUCUGGAGAAAGCAGAAACUCUGCGGACCCGACUACAACUGGCUCUUUUCAAGAUCCAGACGAAUCAAAUCUCUCGGCCCUUUGCGCAUCUCCAACUCCCCAAAAACGAUAGAUUGUCGUCGACCCCUCCCGACAUUACAGUCGAGUCCUCUUCUCCGAGCUCAUCUUCGACCAUACGAGGCGGUGGUGGUAGGGGAUCAUAUCAAAGUCCCCUUACGCCCGAGUCAAGGAUUGCCCUGGCACGUGCUCGAGCAACCAUGGACCCAAAACUUAGGAACACCACAGUCAAGUCCCUGUCAAGUCUGCCAAUGCCGCAUAUUGCGCCAACUGCGUUUUCAGCACGAUGGAACACGGCGGAUGUAACAGGGCCACAAAUAGGGAUGAGUGACCAGCAGCAGCACCAGCAGCAACGACAACAACAACAGCCGCAACCGAAGCAAAACCAAACCCAGUUUCGACCCGACCCGACGCAUUCAAACAUAGAGAUUCCCAGCAGUCCACCGCUAUUGCCAGCGGCCCAAGCUUCAGAGGGAAAUGGCAGAACCCUGUAUAGUGGAAGGGACCAACUGGGUGGUGAGCCCCACCGUCAACAACAACAACAACAACAUAUGUUGUCCAUGUCCGACGAGCAGCCUAGAACUCCAUUGCGCCGAGUAUCGUACCCAUACCCGGACUCGGCACCAUCUUCCAUAUCGGUAGACCGACGACACCACUUGCAUCAAGAAGGAGAAAGAGGGGAACAUGAUGUGCAGGCGCCGCAUACUGGUCACCAACAGCGCAAUCGAGGCUACCGACCGGGCGGCCUCACUAGUAGUGUGGUCAAGGGCGAAGCGGCGAAUAGUCUGCUCGAGCUGGUAAGAGGUGGCAAUGGGCAUGGGAAUGGGAAUGGGAAUGGUCAUGAUGGAUAUAGUGGUUAUGGAACCGCAACCUCUGGAGGAGUGGGAAUGUGUGGACUAUAG